AUGCGUCUUUUUGGUAAUCGCUAUGUAGUAACAAAUUUUGAUAGAGGAUUAUUAGAGAUUAUUGAAAAUUAUAAGGAUAGGAUUAAACCAAGACCGACUAAUAUUAAUAUUCCGGCAAUGAAUGUAACGACAUUAAAUAUUCCGUCAGCACAAUCAAUACAUUCGCAUUCGUCUGUGAUAUCUCCAUCAAAUGAUAAGAUUAGUUAUGUUAGUGAUGAAAGUAAAGACGAAUCACGUUGGACUAUUGACGAUUAA